UUCUAAUGAAAGAAGAGCUCCACCCUUAGCCAACCACUGCCACAGCUGCUCUGCUAAUAAAUAAGGGCAAAGCACUUCUUUUUUGUGUGAAUCUCCAACAUGGAUGCUUUUCAGGGGAUUUUAAAAUUCUUCAGUAACCAGAAAACUGUGAUAGGCUACAGCUUUAUGGCUCUGCUGACUGUGGGAAGUGAGCGUCUCUUUUCACUCGUGGCUUUUAAGUGUCCCUGCAGUGCUGAGAAUACAGUCUAUGGACUGGUUUUCCUUUUAGCUCCAGCCUGGGUGUUACUGAUCUUGGGGUUUUUUGUGAACAACAGAUCAUGGAGACUUUUCACAGGAUGCUGUGUGAAUCCCAGGAAAAUCUUCCCCAGGGAUCAAAUUUGCCAGUUCUUCUCUAUCUUUGGUCAAAUCACUCUGAGCUCACUGGUGGCUCCAAUGAUGUGGCUUUCUGUGGCUCUGCUCAAUGGAACUUUUUAUGAAUGUGCCAUGAGUGGGACAAAGAGUGAAGGACUCCUGGAACUGAUCUGCAAGGGCAAGCCUAGAGAGUGCCGGGAAGAGCUCUACAAAGUCUCCUGUGGCAAGACCAGCAUGCCGGCCACAGACAAUGAAGAACUGAAACUCUCCCUGCAAGCCCAGUCUCAGGUUCUAGGCUGGCUCCUGAUUUGUUCAGCAUCUUUCUUCUCCCUGCUCACCACUUGUUAUGCUCGUUGCCGAUCGAAAGUUAGCUACCUUCAGAUGAAUUUUUGGAAGACAUAUGCAGAAAAGGAGAAGGAGCACUUGGAUAAUAAGUUCCUGGAGUACGCCAACAAGCUGAGUGAGAGAAACCUGGAGUGCUUCUUUGAAAACAAGAGGCCCGUUGCCUUCCCCAUGCCCACAUUUGCAGCUUGGGAGGCUGCUUCAGAGCUGCACUCUUUCCACCAAAGCCGGCCGUACUACAGCACACUCCAUAAAGUGGUAGAAGACGGGCUGGAACUUGGGCCUGAGAAUCAUGAGACCACAAUGAUCCUUGUGGGUAGUGCCCAGAGUGUAUAACUCAUCCCCCACCACUGCUUGACUGUGUUCAAGGCGCUGUCAUCCUGACUUCUUCCUCCUGCAUCAAUAGCACCUCUGAGGGUGGGUCACAUUGAGUACUUCUUUGUAAGACAACAAGCUAAGAGAAGCAGCUUGAUAGCUCCUGUACACAGCCAGCAUGGGGUUUGUGCUCAGACUAACGCUUAGUGACUGUACACGGAUGGGAACUAAGGUACUCUUUCAUUUAUCAGGGCUUGGGUUCCAUCACUUCAUAUACUCUAUAGCAAGACUCAUGCAAGAGGGCCUCUAACUCUGUGAAUACUGACCUUGGCAUUUGGAAUAAAAGGAGAGACUUAUAAUUAAGACAAGAUGGACAGAGACUGAAUUACACGGAGUUUGUGGUGUGGUCGGCAGGAGUCCUUGUGCUCUAAGUCUAUCCCACCGCUUUUCAAGGAUGUCUGUAGUUCUGCUAUUUGAAAUUCAUUCCCUUGGAACCUGAGGUUCUCAAAAAUAGCACGUGGACAGGAUACAGUACCCAUAGUUUAAAGUUCUUCAGGUUUCCACUGUGUAUUAUUAGAAAGCUCCAUAGCUAGUACUGUAGUAAUACUUUUUUUGUACUAGGUACUUUUGUCUUUGUGAACCUCUUCCUCCAUUAACACACACAUAAGCAUAUACUCAUAUAGUUAGGACUGUGUCGCUUAAAAGAUAAAUGCAUUAAUAUAUGUCAAAAUA